GUAAUGAAAAUAAAGCAGUGGUUGAGUUUGCAGUUUAUCAGAAGUUACCAAAAGAACAUAAGAAAUCAGACCCAAGACAGGGGACUAUUGAGAGCGAUCCUGAUUAUCUUGCAUUCCUCGAGUCUUUAAAGGCUGAUGAAAGCCGACAGGCUACUUUAAAAGAACCAGGUUCUGGGUUAGAGGGAGGCGCCACGCAAUUGGAAAGGCUAGAGGCGCGUUUGACGGGUGCUAUUGCUACGGCAGCUUCCAACACCAUCGAAAAACCAAAAAGUACACCACUCCUUGACCAUCUGCGAGCUCAAAAAUCUGGGGCAAAAUCCAAGUCACCGCCUCCAAAACAAUCACAAGUGACCGUCCUUUCUCCACCUGGUUCUCCUGCAAAGAGUUCCAAAACAAAACAGAUGCAACAAAUAC